UGAGCUCCUGCAGCUGCUGGCGGGCCGGGCGGCAGGGACGGAGAGCUGCGGCGCGCCGGGGAGAGAUGGCGGGGGAGGACCAGCCGCAGCCGCAGCCGCAGCCCCUCGGCAAGAGCAUCGCCGCCCCCACGCCGCCGCCGGGCCAGGCGGAGGCCGGCGCGGACCGGGUCGCGCUGAAGAAGGAGAUCGGGCUGGUCAGCGCCUGUGCCAUCAUCAUAGGUAAUAUUAUUGGUUCUGGAAUCUUUAUUUCACCAAAAGGCGUUCUGGAACACACUGGCUCAGUGGGACUUGCUCUCAUUAUUUGGGUGCUUGGAGGAGGAAUUUCUGGUCUUGGAUCAUUAUGUUAUGCUGAAUUAGGAGUAACUAUCCCUAAAUCAGGAGGGGAUUAUUCCUAUGUCACAGAGAUUUUUGGUGGGUUAGCUGGAUUUUUGCUGCUAUGGAGUGCAGUGCUUAUCAUGUACCCAACCAGCCUGGCUGUGAUUGCAUUGACAUUUUCCAAUUAUGUUCUGCAACCCGUGUUCCCUAAUUGUAUUCCACCUUAUAAUGCCUCCAGGGUUCUCUCCAUGGUGUGUCUAUUACUCCUGACCUGGGUGAAUAGCUCCAGUGUUCGAUGGGCAACUCGCAUCCAAGAUAUAUUUACAGCAGGAAAACUGCUAGCCUUGGCCCUUAUCAUUGUUGUGGGCUUCAUACAGAUCUUCAAAGGAAACUAUGAAGAACUGACACCAACCAAUGCAUUCACUUUUCGGAUGACUCCAUCUGUGGGGCAUUUAGCAUUAGCUUUUCUUCAAGGGUCAUUUGCAUUCAGUGGGUGGAACUUCUUGAAUUAUGUAACAGAAGAAUUAGUUGAUCCCCGCAGGAACCUACCUCGUGCCAUAUUCAUAUCCAUCCCUCUGGUGACAUUUGUGUAUACGCUCACCAACAUUGCAUAUUUCACUGCCAUGUCACCCCAAGAGCUCUUAUCCUCCAACGCUGUGGCGGUAACAUUUGGUGAAAAGUUACUGGGCUAUUUUUCCUGGGUUAUGCCAGUCUCAGUGGCCCUAUCUACAUUUGGAGGAAUAAAUGGAUACCUUUUUACCUCAUCAAGAUUAUGUUUCUCUGGAGCGCGAGAAGGUCACUUGCCCAGCUUGCUUGCUAUGAUCCAUGUUAAACACUGUACACCAAUCCCUGCCCUUCUAGUGUGUUGUUCGGCUACUGCUGUUAUCAUGCUUGUUGGAGACACAUACACAUUAAUUAAUUAUGUGUCAUUUAUUAACUACCUCUGCUAUGGAGUGACAAUUAUAGGCCUGAUUGUUUUACGUUGGAAGAAACCCAAAAUCUUCAGACCUAUCAAGGUAAAUCUCCUUGUUCCAAUCACUUACCUGAUAUUUUGGGCAUUUCUGUUGAUCUUCAGUUUAUAUUCUGAACCAGUCGUCUGUGGAAUUGGACUCAUUAUCAUAAUGACUGGAGUGCCAGUUUUUUUUCUUGGCGUGUACUGGAGAAAUAAACCAAAGUGUGUAAAUAAUUUAAUUGAAUCCAUGACAUACUGGGGACAGAAGCUGUGUUUUGUCGUCUACCCUCAGGGGGGAGAGCCAGAAGAGGAGGAUCUACCUUACACUCAUUCUCAGCUCCCAGAAAGUGAGAAGACCUUGAAGAAAUAAUGAGAAUUUCUAUAAGACAGAUGUAGCUUUUUGUUUACAUGGUGAUUUUUGCAAAAAAGAAAAAAGAAAAAAAGGUUUUUCCUUGAAAAGAAAAAAUAUAUGUUUUUAGAAAUCAUAUAGUAAAGCCCAUAAAAAGAGCUACUCCUCUAUAGCAAUCCCUAGCAUUUAGCUUUUUUCCUUAAAAAAAUAAAAAUAUGGAGCUGGUUGUUUUUUUCUGACUGUAUUUCAGUCAAAGGAGUUCAGCAGAGAAACAGUAAGCUAAGUCUGUAAUUACCAGUCUCAGCAGUCAUAUGGUUCUGCUGUAAGGCAUACAGACCUACAGCAUUUCAAACCUAAAGAACCUUCCAAUUAAGAAAAUAAAAGGGUUAAGUCAGGGGAACAAGGGAAGGCUCUUCAGCCCUGCUCCUUCCUAGGGAAGCCAAUGAUAAAACUCGGAUUGACUUCAGCUGUACAGAUUCAGGUCCUCCUUGUCCCACAUGAUUUAAAGUUACAAUCUAAAAACUUAGCUGUGCAAAAGCCAAACACCUAUGAGAGCAAAGUUAUGGCCAUGUCUCAAUAUGUGCAAAUUCAGUUGUUAAAACUAGGCACAUUUGAGGUACUUCCAUAUAGUACACUGGAGUUGCAUGUAGUUUCUAUGCUAUAUGUGAUCAAUGAUCAUUCUGCCAUCAACAAUAUAAUAAAGAGAAGUUGAGAAAAGAGCUGAAGUAACUUCAGUCCUCAAGCAUUUCUGCAAACAAGGAGUUGGGUUUCAUAUUAAGAAUUCUGAACAACUUUAUUAUUACAAUAACUGGAGAUACGGGCUAAAUUUAGUACAGUUCUAUUGUCAUUGGAGAAAGAGAAAAAGUCUUCUAAACAUAAAUUGAAAUGCAUAAUGGAAAAAAAGAAUCAAAGUAUAAUCUGUUCCUUUAUUUCUAAUGUUUCAAACAAAAAUCUCAUAUUGCCUUUGAAGGUAAACACAUUUCAUCCGUAUUCAGAAAAGCUAUAAUCCUUAAUUAUUCUACCAUAAGAUGCUCUUUAAAAAGUGUCUUGCAUGUUUAUAGCUGUAGAAAUUUGAUAUCAUAAGAUAUCAGUAGUUGGCUUAUUUCAUAAAUUUAUAGUGGCUGUAGCUGUACAAAUCUGACCAUUUCUAUACCAAAGAAUCUUUUGAAAAUGCAAAAAUAUAGAAUAGCUCUAAGCAAUACUUUGAUAUAGAUUUGAUAUAGUUGCUACCUUUGAUAUAAAUUACUACAUUUUCUAGUUUUUACAAUAGCCAUAUGAAUGUUAGUUUUGCAGGUAUCAUGUUUUAUUGUAUGUUAAAGGCUUUGGUACAAAAAUUAAGGGUUCAUUGGUCUCUUAGUUUGUCGUGUACUACAGCAUUACUCUCUGCAAUACAUUGAAGAUGAGGCUCAAAAUAUGAGGCCAGAUAAAGGAAAGCAUCUUUCCAACAGAAUAGGCAUUUAGAAUAUAUUUUUAUUUCAAAAAUAUAUAUCCACACUGUCCAGAUAGUAGAUACAAAAAAAGGAAGCACAAGUUACAAUUACCAGGUUCAUAUAAAAAAAGAAUGCAGGAUUAAAAUAUAUUUAGCUAGAGAAGUACACACACAUACAAACAAUACUCGAGUGAGAGACUCCACAUUUUAAAUAAUCAUAUAAAUAGGUAGGUUUGCAAAUCAAAGUCAAAUUUUCAACAUAGGCCGGAUACCCAUCACAUUACUGGAAAAAACAGUUUAUACUGGUUUACUAUUGUGAUGCCUGGUUUACUUGUCUUUGCCUGUCAAGAUUUGUAUGGCCAAGAUUCUGAUGUUCUUUAGAUUAAAAUUCACUCUUGUGACAUACAUUUCAAGAAGAUUACUUUCCCCAAUAAUGUUACUGGCUAGCAGGCAAAUUAAAUAUAGUUCAGGAUCAACAAUAACAUUAGGUUCAGUAAUUGUCAAGUUUUAUGGGUUUGUUUGUUUUUUAACAAUAAAGAUAUGAAAUUUGGCUGGAGUUAAAGCUAUGCAGAACUUUUCAAUGACAAAUCUGCUGUAAUGAGAAAAGGCACGGGUAUUAAGAAUAUACUGUAACUGCUGGUAUUCUUUCACAUGGGUUUUCUUUGGUUAAGGAAACUAAAAUCAGAAUUAAAGGACCAAUUGCUUCAGUUUUAAAA